CCAUUUUACAACCACAAACGGUGGCCAUAAUCAACGGCCGCAAGACAAUUUUCUUAAAUUAACCCCAAUAAAAAACCUAAAAAUAGCUCCAACAGCUGGUAUGUGGACCAAUAAACACCAUAUACGCAGGUGGCAUUACGUUAAUUUUUUUAUUCAUAUUUAUUCAGGUAAUAGUUUUGUAAAUCGUCCUUGACUUGCGAAACUUACGCCCCCGCGGCAUCGACUCAUUAACCGAUUAAGCCUCCCUUUCUUUCUAUCUAAAGCUCGGUAAGUGUGAACGGGAUGAGAGAUUAAAGUUGUAAUGAGGUGUGUUCACUGUUGUCUCCAGCCAGUCUCAGGCGGCAGCGCGCGCGCCGUGGUCGGUGCGACGACGCGCUAUUUCGAAUUUCAAAUUAACGAAUUGACGCGUUCGAAUAACGAAUUGUCAACGAAGUUUAUCGAUGUGUGUGAUUGUGUUUUGUUAGAAGUUUGAAACAUCGAUAAAGUCAAGUGUGUAUGAAAUCAGUGCUUAACGAAAAUGGUCAUGGAAUCCCCGGUGCAAGGCCGCUUCUGGCCUCUCUCUCCACGUCUCUGGAGGCGAAGUACGGAGUGCAAAGUCGUCUUCGAGCCUAGAAGACCACCCGUGGACAAACGAAUAGAUCUGACUCCCGAUUUGCUGCGUUCGAAGAAUAUUAAAGAGAGAUUGGGGCAUUUGAAUUUGGAAGAACAUGUUGAUGAGGAAAAGAGAUGGAGUGUCUCGAAGCCUCCGUUGAAAGAGAAGAAGGAGGAAGUAAAGAUGAGGGUCAAAAGGCAGAGGCAGCCGCGUCCGAAUAGUCUGCAGCUGCUGCUGUGUCCGUCCAGCUCGGGGCAUUAUAGCAGCAACACUUGGAGGUACACCAGGGUCAGGUCGAGGAGCCAUGAGCCUGAGGGAGGCGGGCGCGGCGAGGGUCCGCUAGCGCGCGCGAUGCAGCCCGCGCCGGGCUCGCCCAAGCGGCAGCCUCCUCAGACACAGCACGGAUCGGCGCCGGCGGACCAGUCAACAUUAAAGGUCCACCUGCCGAACGGUGGGUUCAACGUCGUCCGGGCAUCGGCCGAUGAGGACGUGCGCUCAGUGCUACGGCUGCUAGCGAGCAGGCUAGCGACCGGCGAGCGAGUCUUCGCGUCGUGCUACGCGCUACGAGCGAGGCGGCUGACUACUGGCAAGAUUCGAUGGAUCCACCAAGACACGCCAGUGUCGGAGCUGCUCUCAAAAUGGCCAGCAUCGGAAUGGAGAUUAGAACUACGCGUGCGGUACCUGCCCGCCAACUUACGAGGCUUAUGUGACUCUGAUCGAGUCACGUUCCAUUACUACUACGAUCAGGUUCGACAUGACUACCUCAACGCCAAUCAUCCAAUGGUGGACCAGGACCUGGCGAUACAAAUAUGUUGUUUAGAAAUAAAAUACUUCUGCAAAGACAUGCAAAUAUCAUUGGACAAGAAGUCCAACAUCGAAUACCUGGAGAAAGAGUUCGGGCUUCACAAGUUCCUGCCCAAGUCGGUGCUCGAAGCCAUCAAGCCUAAGGUGCUGAAGAAGGCCAUACAGCAGCAGUUCAAAAAGGUGGCGAACCUGUCAGACACGGAGUGCAUGCUCAAAUAUCUGGAGACAAUGCACACACACUACGGCUACGAUCGAGAGACCUUCACCGGGGCCCUCGGCUCCGGCUGGGCCAUACCUAUAGAGCUCGCCAUUGGACCUGAUAUAGAUAUAUCGUACGUGUCUCACAAGGCGGGCGAGCCGCCGACGUACACGAAAAUCGCGUCGUUCGCCGACAUCGUCGCCGUGCAGACACUCAAGUCCAACUGUCAGUCGCAGUCGCAGUCGCAGACCACGCAAUCGCAGUCGCAGAGCGGUUCGUCGUGCGGCAAGGCGGCGCUGCAGCUGCGAGUGAAGGGCGCCACGGAGACGCUCACUAUUACGUGCAGCAGCGUCGAGGCUGCAGAAAGUUUAGCAGAUUUAGUAGACGGGUAUUGCAGACUAGUCACAGAAUCGCAGACCUCGCUAUGGAACAGAACAACUACCGUAUGGAAGUCACUGAAUUGUCAGUGCAAAACGGAGAUGAGUUCAAGCUCGUCGGAGGGCAAGACCAGUACUUGGGAGGGCAACACGGCGACGCUGUUGUCAGAGGACUACGCCGAGAUUGUCGACGACGACGCCGACUACUCCACGCCGGCCGUUCGCGACUACGAGUUGGUCCGUAACCAGAUCGAGCUUACCGGCAUCAUCGGAGAAGGACAGUUUGGCGACGUACACAAAGGAACCUGUCGAGUGGCCUCAGCCAACCACCCCUCCCUCCGUCGGCAGCUCACCAUACAAAAGCAGCAGGGGAAAGGCUCAGGCGGCGAAUACAUACUGCCGGUCGCUGUGAAAACUUGCAAGUUGGAUGCAGAUCUAGAUACCGCCGAGAAGUUUCUGGAAGAAGCUUAUAUAAUGCAGCAGUUCUCUCACCCGCACAUCAUCGGGCUGGUGGGCGUGUGCAGCGCGCCGCCCAUAUGGAUCGUCAUGGAGCUAGCCACCCUGGGCGAGCUCAGGGCUUACUUACAACAAAACGCGAGGAGGUUGGAGACGUGUACACUAGUACUGUACAUAUACCAGCUGUCAACGGCGCUCAGCUAUUUGGAGAGCAAGAAAUUUGUACACCGGGACAUCGCCGCGAGGAACGUGCUUGUUUCGACGCCCACCUGUGUCAAGUUAGCGGAUUUCGGGCUAUCAAAGAUGGUGGAGGACAAAUCCUACUACAAGGCGUCUCGCGGCAAACUGCCUAUUAAAUGGAUGGCGCCAGAGUCCAUCAACUUCAGGCGGUUCACCUCCGCCUCUGAUGUUUGGAUGUUCGGCGUCUGUAUGUGGGAGAUUCUCAUGCUCGGCGUGAAGCCCUUCAGCGGCGUGAAGAACAACGACGUGAUCGGCAAACUGGAGAACGGAGAGCGCCUGGCGCUCCCUCCAAGAUGUCCACCACGACUCUACUCCGUGAUGUCGCGGUGCUGGGCUUAUGAGCCGUCGCAGCGACCGCAGCAACAUCAGCUCAAGGAGACACUCUUUGAGAUUCUGCAAGAGGAGCGCAGCACGGCGUGGGACACGAUGCGGCGCGAGAACCGGCGCGUGGCGGCCGCCUCGUGGGGUGACGAGCCGCCGCCCAAGCCCAGCCGGCCCGUCACUAACCUCACCGCGGCCGAGUCUAGCGGCGGCGGCGCGGCGCCGCAGACGUACAUCGUGGCGCAGAGCCCGCUCGUGCUGGCGCACCUGCUGCGCGAGAACCAGGCGCGCGCCCGCGACCCGCAGGCCUACACCACGCCCGCCUCGGUAUUCAACACCGUCGCCGUCGACUUCCAGGCUCUGCCGGAGGACACCGACAUCACCAAAAUCAUCAACCCCAAACCCGACGAGGUCGUAGACAUACCCCUCCAGACUGUCCCGAUCCCGGUCGCGUCGCUUCACAAACUCGAUCCCGUCGUUCCCGAGGACACUUUGACUGUCGUCGUCGGCGCUAGGGAGAGCUGCGACAAUCUCUGCCAGAAUACCGUCUCGCCUGAAGAGCCUUCUCCGGAACCGUAUGCCAGUAGAGUUCGCUCGUUAGAGAGGAACACUCGAGGGACAUUAUCCACGGCCGAACGAGCGCCGAUCAGGAUGGGCUCUUUAGAACGCAACGCUCGCGGCAGUCUCUCCCACCGGGGCUCCCCCGUCCCUAUAGCUCCCUUCACUCGCCAGCACUCGGUCCCGGCGUCACCUCCGCCGAGGAACAGAAGGGAACAGGAUAUAGGACAGUUCUCUGUCCAGGGCUCUUUAAAUGCUCAGUUGGCCGCUAGUGUCGUCAAUAAGAUGCGAUCGCAACCCGAUCCGCCUCUAGUCGAAGAGAUCUAUGAUUUCGGGGGCGAUAAUGUCAAAAGCUGCGUGGCCGUCGCCGCCCAAAAGGCGGGUCUAACAAAGCAGCAGUACAGACCUUCGAUGGUCGCCUCUCACCCGGUCACGUACGGUGUGCCGGUCGGUGUCGUCCAAGGCGUCCCGUACUCCCAAAGCCCAGUCAAACCUAGUCAUGUCAUGCAAAUGAUGCCAAAGCAGAUGCCGUCGCCUCCUAUAGCUUCUAGUCAAGCGUUUUUCCCUCAACGCUCAGCCAGUCCGUUAUCUCAAACCUUUGUUUCUCAACCUAUGGGAGUGAUCCCUCCCAUGUCUUACGCGAGCGCGUCUCAGCCUAUAUACAGCGGGCAUAACGUGGUACAAGGGCCUCAGCCGAUGUUGUAUCGGCCGCAAGUGUCCGCGCAGACCGCGAGUCAGUACACGCCGAGCGCGCCGUUCGCGCCGCGUCCACACUUUGCGUCGGCGACCAGUGUGGACGCGCAAGCGCUGUACGCGUCGCGGCAAGAGUGUUCGGCGGUCGCGGUCGCCCAACCCAGUCCAGAAUUGGACACCGAGCAAGCGGUGGAGAGACGCCUGCUGGCCGAGCUGGCGAGACAGCAACAUCAGAGUGAAGAGGACCGCCGAUGGCUGCAGAUGCAAGAGGACAAACUGAAUCGCCUGUCAACCGUACAGUCCACGGAGGCGGAGGCUGAAAAGCUGGCGGAGGGCGUGCAGAACAUCGCUGUGCAGGACAAGACGCCCAACCAGACAGCGCCUAACUCGUCGGAAAAUAGUCCAGCGAACACUGUGAAGCCAAAUGACAAGCCAUCGAGCGAGGACAGGCCCCGCUUGCACACGGACGACCCCGUGUACUGCCUGACGACCGGCGUGGUGCGCGGCGUCAUGAAGCUCGCCAACCUCGCCACCCACGCCGCGCCGCCCGCGCCCGCCGUGCUGCAGGCCGUGCGGGCCAUCGGCACCGAGCUGAGGGCCUUGUGUGCCACCGUUGACAACGUUGUGGUGCCCUUCCCGAGUGCGGAGCAACGGGAGGUGGAGAUGGCUCAUCAGGUGCUGAGCAAAGACAUGGCGGCCCUAGUAGAAGCAAUGCGACUGGCGCUCCAAUAUGCCGCGACCACGCUACACCACGAGUACACCAAAAAUAUGCUCGCAGCGGCUCACGUACUAGCGAUGGACGCUAAAAACCUCCUCGACGUAGUAGACUGCAUCCGCGAGCGACACCCCGCCAUCGACUGGCGCGCCGCGCUCCAAGACCCGUCCGUCCUGUCCCCCCCAUUCUCCCCCCAACCCACCAACUUCUCCCCCCAAAACACCCUCCAACCCGCCGUCCAAGAGGAACCGAAGCCAGACUUCAAAAUCAACCAACCUGUUACCACUAGUCAAAUUACUACUACUGAACUACCUAAAGAACAUAGCAGCCUCCCAGUGACUUCUAAUCGAGUCUCCGCUCUGAUCCAUAAUUAUAAUCUAUACGGUAAUAUUAGAGAGCAACAUAUCUAUGGAAAUUCUGAAGUCGGCGGCUCUUUUCAGCACUCAUCUUCAAGCAUCGAUGAAAAAAUCGACGCAGCGCCUUUGGAAUCGGUUAAGAGCCGCAUACAAGCCAUGUCGGGUAAGGUUGACUCGCCGCCUAUAUACUCUGUGAGCAAGAAAGUUAUUGUAGAUCAGAACGUGACCGAGCAAGGUUGAAAGCUUCAUUCGCUUGUAGUUCUUAUUUUUGCCUCGGUGAGGCUGACAGCUUUACGGUAGUAUGUGCGGUAGUUUUGGGAGUAACUAGUGAAACUGAGUUGUAUUGGCGGUUUUGCUGAGGCGUAUAGAAGCGACCGACGAUGGAUAAAUUAAAUAACCCAUGGAUAAUUUAACUAUUAGGGAAUAUUACACAAAACUCAGUGUAGGGGGCGCCACUAGCUCAAACAAUAAACCGUCAUAUAACAAAUAAUCUGUGAAAACGUCAAAAUAAUGUUUACUGCAUAGUAUAAUAUAUAUAGUGCGACAUAAAAUAGUGGAAAUUAAAUAAAAUCGAACUAAAAAGGAAUCCAUACUAAAUUGUUGCCAUGUUUAAGCAUUUUACGUCAAAAAUGUGACAGUUACGCAGGAAGUGGCGCCCUCAAUAAUUUUCUACAAUUUCUUGUCGGACUAUAAGUUGUUCUAUGAUUUUACGGUUUGUGCUAGUGCUGCACUCUGGCGGCAGAACAUUGCAGAAUACUACUUAUUUUGAAGAAUAUUGGUGAUUUUCAAGACUUUAUAAUCCAAUAGGUACAUAAGACAUAAUAUCGGCCGUUUUAUUUUCAAUGUCGCUUCUAUACGCAGUUAUUCUCAAAGCAGUAGCGACUAGUACUUAACCGCGAUACUUAAUUAUGUUUUGAAGUUAGCAAUGCCGCUUCGAUUUUGUUCCGCGACCUUAAGCUUCGAAAGACAAUCAAAUGAUUGCUCAAUAUUCUAUGUAGUGGAAUAGAUGUCAAUUUAAUUUAAGUCCUGAGCCAAAUAAUUGUCAUUAAUUUCUUUCACAUGACAUAUAUGUUUUUUUAGAUGUAUUGGACUAUAUUCACGCUUCAUUAUAAGGGAAUUAUACCCAGGCCAAUUUCUGGUUUUUUCAAUACGAUUUUCUAUCAACGAAACUUAGUUAUCGUUUAGUAUGUCGCUAAAAUUCGAAAUAAAAACUAGUGACAUUAUCAAAGUUACACGAUUAUUAUAUAGGUCGUUCAAUAGAAAAUUGAAUAGAAUAUAUCACAUAUUGGCUUAUGUGUUACUUGUUAUAUCUAUCAACAUAUCAUCAUCGGCAUUGUUGAGCUUCAAAUUAUUAUGACGUUUCGAAUUCGAAAAUUAUAAACUUUUAAUGAAAUUUAAAGAUUUUUUCAUAGCUCUGAGUUAGGUGCAACUGGCUUCUCAAAAACGAGCACAAAACAUUACGAAGUUAAAACCGAUUGAUAAUAUUAAUUUGUGAUAUUAUUGCCAAUAAAAUUUUACCUAAUUCGAGUUAAUAUGGGCAACAGAUAAUAAAAAACACAAUAUCGAGUAAUGAGCCUAAUGUCAUUAAAAAAAUAUAUAUUGUGAUUUUUGUUGUCAAUGUUGCCAUACGUAUAAUAUAAUAAUCAGCACAUUCCUUAUGAUUGCACCUACCGCGUAAGUUUUGUAAUUACUCAUACAAAUUUUAUAUUUUUGGUGUAAUGUUGCAGUUUUUAUACCGCGCGAGCGAUUCGAAUCUUCCAGUAAACAGUAAAUAAUGGAAUUGUAUCGUAUUAUUUGAAUAAGGCGCAGCGCACAUGGAAUCAUACCAUAGACAACAAUAAAUAUUAAAGACGCAUAAACUAGUGCAAUUUUUUUUACCGCGAAUUUGAUGACGAAAGUUUUCAAUUUGGUUGUCAAGCGCUAAUGUUUGACAAUUUAAAUCCUGCCCAGUGCCCAGUAAUGAAUAUGAUCAUUGUCAAGAGGGCGCUGUUAUUCAUAUGUAUAGGGUGACAGUCUGACAGUUUAGUAUACUUACUAUGAAAAAAUAUAGUUCCCGUGAAAUUCCGCAACAUAGCGCGUGAUCAUAUAUUCCUAGUAAGGCUUUAGCCAUCUCCUUAAACUAAAAAAAUUGUGUCUAUAAUUUUGUUUACUUUUAGGCGUCAUUAGUAUCUCGUUGUAUAUGGUCGUAUAAAGUAUGUCCACUCCAUGUGUUCUGUGAAAAGAACCUCUGUGUUGUAUAUUUUCAUUAGUUAAGGUGCCUUUAACUGUCACAACUUGUAAACUUUUGCAUUUAAUUUCUUCAAUAUAGCUACAGCAUUUAACUGGACUCAGAUUACUUUGUAAAAAUGUACAAACCGAAUUGAUUCAUAAUUAUUAUAAUUUUUAAUCCAAAGUUUUAUUGUAAGUUUAGAUCUCAGGGACUGUAUGUAUGUCGGUUAGUUUUGUAAUUAAAAACAGAAUUUAUUUAUUGAUCAACUUCGGUUAAUGUAUAGUUUUCUUAUGUGUUAGAGUUAAGCAGGAUUCAUUCCAAAGUGAAGGUAUACGUCGACGGCGGAGCUCCGAGCUUGCUAUAUCAGAGUGUUGGCUUUGAGACUAUGUUGAAAAAUUGCUUUUAAAAUCUCUUAUUACCACAAUAUCGCCUCAAAAAAAAAAGUUCGCCUUUGUUGUAUUUAAUUCACUCUGUAACUGUGUUUCUCGUGUUUUUAUUUCUAUGUACAAUAAAGUAUAUAUGUACAUACAUACAUACAUACAUACUAUUGCCUAGAAAUGGGGCCUAUCUUAUCCUAUAAAAAUAACAAAAUAGGUAACAUUUUAUAUCUACCAGUGUAACUACGAGUAUAAAUAUUAGUCGAAAAGCCAAGACUCGCCCUCAAUACCAAGUCGACUGCCGGAGAUUAUUUACAAUUAUGAAAUAAAUAUAGACGUGAACUGGUUUUCGUUUAUGCAUUAAAUUGAAUAAAGGACAAGUCAAUAUA